GAAUGGUUUAUGACGUGGCAAAAGAUGAGUGGGCUCCACUGCCUGACUUGGCAAGGGAACGUGAUGAGUGCAAGGCACUUUUCCACGAUGGCAAGCUCCACGUUAUUGGCUGGUAUUGUACUGAAAUGCAAGGUCGAUUUGCAAAAACUGCUGAGGUGUUCGAUGUUGCUACUUGGAAGUGGAAUGGUGUGCAAGAGAACUUCUUAGUAUAUGCCAUGUGUCCUAGAAGCUGUACAAGUGGCAAUGAUCAAUUGUACACGUGUCAUGGAACUGAUGUGUUGGCAUUUAAAGACAACACGUGGCAAGCUGUUGCCAAACUUUCUGCUGACGUGUGCAAUAUUGCUCAUGUGGAAGCGUUGCAGGGUAAAUUGUCUGUGAUUGGCUCAGCAGGAUUCGGAGAGCCAUACGUGGGGUAUGAGAUGGAUUUAAAGAAGUACACGUGGAGAAAAGUGGAGACACCUCAGCAAUAUUCUGGCCAUGUUCAAUCAGGUUGUUAUUUAGAGAUUUAAGAACGGAUGUCGUUGCAAAUGCAGUUAAUAUUAAGGUGACGUCGUUUUGAGUUGUUUUUGGUAGAAAAUGGCAGUAUAAUGUAAAUAGAAGAAUGAGUGGUAUUGCUAAACUUCUUUUGUCAUUACAAUGUAAUACAAGUUUUGGGUUUGCUAUGACGAUUUCCAAUUCAAACAGUAAAGUCAAUGGCAUGUACUAAGAUGGCAAAUUUGCAAUUGAUCUUUCUGAAUUGGUGAAGAUGGUAAUUUGAUAGAUAAAUGAAUACAUUGUUAUGUGUUUGGGAUAUUUUUAAAAUAAAUUUCUAAUUUAAAUA